CAGACAUCUCUAUACCUACCGUAGGUACUUAGUCUCUGACUAACGGGAGCUAUAACUUCAAGCGCUUCUUCUUUGUGUGCUUCGUAAUUACUUGCAGUGCCUGCCAAAAUGGCCAAAACAAAGACGAAAUCCCACUCAAAAGGAAAAGACAUCCUCCGCUCGACAACCACGCCGCUAGUGAAAUCCCUACCAAAAUCCUCCCAGCGAUCGACCGAAGACCUUCUCACCGAAGCUGCCGAACUUCUCGAGAAGUCACAAGCCGAACUCGCCCUCCCCCUCGCCGAACAAGCUCUCCAACAACUGGAAACCGAGCGACAAUCCCAGAGCGAGACCAACGACAUUGAUACACUUCUCCAACUCGCCGCACAAGGCAAACCUACACUACCGGAGGCGUUAGUCCUCGAAGCAGAAAUCCAACUUGCCCUGGGCGACGCAGAUUCCGCAAGACGAAGUUUCUCCCGCGCCGUGCAAAUCGAUCAACAUGGAGCACUGGUGAGUGCAGAGCCGUGGCUGUGGCUAGCGCAGCUAUGCGAGGAAGGUGGUAGAGAGAGCGUGUCAUAUUUUGAGAAAGCGACGGAAGUUCUUCGCAAUGAGAUCGAUGUCCUCGAGGACGACGAUGCGCAAGAAAUGAAUCAGACCAUUGCAAUACUGGAAGAAAAGCGGGCCAAACUUGCAGACGCUCUGUGUGCCAUGGCGGAGGUAUACAUGACGGACUUAAGCUGGGAGGAAGAUGCAGAACAGCGCUGCGAGACGCUUGUAACAGAAGCUGUCGCUGUAUGUCCCGAGCAACGGAGUGCUGGAGUACUACAGACCCUGGCCAGUGUACGGAUCAGCCAAGAGCGGAUGGAGGAUGCCAGACAGGCUCUCCGCCGAAGUAUGGGGAUAUGGAAGGAUAUUCCUGCAGAUGUGGAGUCUGACUCGCGGCCUGAUUUCGCUACACGGGUCAGUCUGAGCAGAUUGCUGAUGGAAGUCGAGGCCGAGCCGGAGGCCAUGACUGUCCUUGAGGGCCUGAUUCGUGAAGACGAUCAGAGUGUCGAGUCUUGGUAUUUGGGUGGUUGGUGCCAGGUUCUGAUCUCACAAAAGCCUGAGACGGCUUCAGAAAGUCUGAGUAAGAGCCAAGAGCUGGCGAAAACGUGGUUGGACAAUUGCCUGAGACUGUACCGUGUGCAGGACUACGAGGAUGAUAGGUUGCGUGAGCAUGCGCUCGAGCUUGUUCAACAGUUAAAUAAAUCUCUCGGUGUGGAUGAUCAGAUGGACGAUGACGAUGUAUGGGAAGACGAAGAGGAGGGAGACGGCGAUGAGAACAGAGAGGUCGAGGUUGAGGUGAACGGACACGAAGGUCACGAAGAUCACGAUGUUGAGAUGACCUAGGCUAGACUCUCGUGACAUGGCUGGACGACCCUGCGACAUUUCGUCGAGAAAUAAGGAAACGAUCCCACACAUACCGCUUCCAGGUGCAUACACAAGGACUAUACUGG